GUUUUUUUUUGGACAGGCAUUUUGGAUAGAGUGACACAAUUGCGUGUUUAUUUUAAACGUCCAUUGGCCAUACUGAUUGGCACCAGGGUAUUGGUUUAUAUUGAUGAUCCUGCUGGCAUGGAAUGCAUAUUGAAUGCCCCCGAAUGUCUCGAUAAGACCUUCAUGCAGGAGGGAUUCUUUGCCAGACGCGGCCUCUUGCAUGCCCGUGGACAAAAAUGGAAAUUACGUCGCAAGCAAUUGAAUCCAGCAUUUAGCCAUAAUAUUGUUACCAGUUUCUUUGAUGUCUUCAAUGCGGUGGGUAAUCAAAUGAUUGAACAAUUCUCACAGCAACCGGAUCUCAAUGGAAAUGCUGUUAAAUUUACCGAUGCCGAGGAUAUGCUUAGCCGUGCCGUACUCGAGGUUUCCUGUCUUACCAUAAUGGGCACACCAACAAAUUUCACCCAAACGGAUGAUGCACAUAUAGCCACCAGUUAUAAGCGGCUAUUGGAAAUUUCGGCCAUAAGAGUGGUAAAACCAUGGCUACAAAUCGAUAUGCUUCAUCGUCUAUUGGCGCCACAAUUGUAUGCCGAGGCAGAGAAAUGCAAUGAAUUGCUAGUCGAUUUUGUUGCCAAUAUUGUACAGACCAAACAUCGUAAUUGGCAAUUAAGAAAUGCCAAUGGCAAUGGAGAAGGCAAUGGAAUGGAAACAUCAUCAUCAUCCCAUUGGCAGCGUCGCAUAUUUAUUGAGCAAAUAUUUCAAUUGGCAGCAAAUGGUGAACUGACACUACAGGAGAUCGAGGAUGAAGCCCAAUCCAUGGUAUUGGUGUCCUUUGAAACGGUUUCGAAUAGCAUUAUGACGGCUCUCCUCUGUCUGGCCACCAAUAAAGGUGAAUGUCAGCGACGUUUGCGUAAGGAAAUUGGUAGAGUUUUCCCUCAGCCCGCCAAUCCUGAGGCAUAUGUGGGUCUGGAGCAAUUGCAACAAUUGCGCUACUUGGAUGCCUUUGUUAAUGAAUCGUUGCGUCUAUUGGCCACAGUUCCAAUGAAUUUGCGUCAUGUUAGCCGGGACUUUCAGUUGGCUGGACGUAAGGCAAUUGUGCCAAGGAAUAGCAUCAUUGUGCUGGACACAUUCAAUAUGCAACGUGAUGAAGAUUGGUGGGGCGAGAAUGCCAAAGAGUUUGAUCCGCAACGAUUCCUGGAUCACGAGCAACCAGAUGAUAGUACGGCGGAUAAUGAUGUAAGAACUGAAAUGCCAUUAAAGACAAAGUCCAAUCAACAGCAGCAAAAGAGACGACAUUCGUAUAGUUUUUUGCCAUUCUCAAAGGGUUUGCGCUCUUGUAUAGGUCGUCGCUAUGGUUUCUUUAUAAUGAAAGUAUUUCUAGUCAAACUGAUUACAGCAUUCGAAUUCGAUAGCGACUUUCAAUUGGAACAAUUGCAAUUUGUGGAGAAUAUAUCAUUGAAAUUUAAUAAUGUGAAUGAUAUAUUUAUACAAAUCCAGCCCAUACAAAAUAAGAAAACAAAUUUAUAG